GAGGGAGUCAGGCGGGCGGGGGGUGCGCGCUCGCCCGCCAUGUUCGCCGAGAUGAACCGCAGGACCUUGGCGUUCCGGGGGGGAGGCCUGGUCAGCGCCACCACCGCAGUGGGAGGAGGCGGCGGUGGAGGAGGCGGCGGCCCGACAGCUAACGGCAGCAGCGGGGGUGGUGGCAACAGUGGCCAGGGCGAGGCCUGGGUCCGCCAGGAGGCCGAGCAGUUGAACGGCCAGGGGGUGGAGGAGGAAGUGGAGCUGGAAACCGUGGAACUGGAGGUGGCCGAGGUGGAGGCCGCGGACACUGCCGGAAAAGAGCUCUCGCCGACCACCCCUCCAGAGUCGGCGAGCGCUGCCUCAUCCGUCGCUGCCCCGGUUGGCCCCAUGUUCGCCGAGAGGAAUCGCCGGACCUUGGCCUUCCGUGGUGGGGGCUUGGUGGCGGCUGCAAACAAUGGCUGCGACGGGGCGGCCUGGUCGCGGCGGCCGUUGAACGGGCGGGGUGGUGGCGGAGAGGAGGAGGAGCUGGAGUUGGAGGGGUUGCUAGAGGGGAAAGAGCUGGUGCAGGACGGGGGGUCGCUGAGCGACAGCAGCGAGGACGAGGAAGACGGCGAGGGGGGCAGCCUGGGUGAUGGCAGCGGCGCAGAGGGCGGCAGCUGCAGCAGCAGCAGGCGGUCUGGGGGGGACGAGGCGGAGGUCAACAGCGUAGGCGCGGGGGAGGGGGAGACUAUCCAACACUUUCCGCUGGCAACCCGGCCCAAGUCCCUCCUGCAGAAGCUGCACGUCUCCUUCCAGAGCUGCUGGCUUAAGGAGUUCCCGUGGCUGCAAUACUGUCAGAAGACAGGGCUAGUGUCCUGUGCCUGGUGCACUGCUGCUGCCCCUACGACCUCUUCUGCAGAUGGCAGCGGCAACAACAGCGGGGGGCACGACGAUCUCUGCAAGGGUACCCGAAAGUAUAAACGUGCCCUGUUUCUCAGGCAUCAUCUGUCAGCUGAGCAUCGUCUCAAUGAGCCAGUCACUGCUGAGCAGGAAUCUGAAAUAACAUCAGAAUUGGCUAAUGAGAGAGAUUGUGAUUAUAAUAUUAAGCCAAAUGAGAACUCUUACUGCUAUCAACUAUUGCAAGAAUUAAAUGAGCAAAGGAAAAAGGGCAUUCUGUGUGAUGUCAAUAUUGUGGUGAGUGGAAGGGUCUUCAGAGCUCACAAAAAUAUUCUGGUUGCAGGCAGCCGUUUCUUCAAGACUCUGUAUUGCUUUACAAACAAAGAAAAUCGUAACCAAACCACUGUUACCUACUUAGAUGUUGUUGCUGUUCAAGGCUUCUCUGUCAUCUUGGACUUUCUGUACUCUGGUAACCUUGUGCUUACAAGCCAGAAUGCAAUUGAAGUUAUGUCAGUGGCUAGCUACCUUCAGAUGACAGAGGUUGUGCAAUCCUGUCGUAAUUUUAUCAAAGAUGCCUUAAAUAUAAGCAUAAAAUCAGAAGCCCCAGAAGCUGUAGUAGUGGAUUAUAAUAGAAGAUCAGUGAGUAGAGAUGGGUUAUCUUCAAGGGAUCAGAAAGUUGCUAGUUUUUGGGCCACAAGAAAUCUAACUAACUUGGCAAGCAACAUAAAAACUGAAAAUGAUGGCUACUGCAUUGAUGAAAGUCAGUCUGAAAACUACCAAAUUAAUGAUUGGGUCCAGGACAGCUCACCUGAAAUGGCUGAAAAUGAAUCUCAAGGUGAAGGAAAAGUCUUUGUGUGGAAUGAUAUGAGUUCACAGGGACAAUCACUUCAAGAACCUGGAAAAACAAGAAGGAAAAACCAAGGUGCAAAAAGAUUUGUUUACAAUAUACCCCCCAAUAAUGAAGAACCAUUAGAAGACUGCUCAGCUACUCAAACAUCAGUACAGUAUCCAGAAGAAGAUCUUCAGUUUAUCAAAGAAGAAGUAGCAGGUACCUCAAAUGAUUUCAAGUUUGGAAUAUUUCCUAGUAUCUCCAAUGAUUUCAAGUUUGGGUUACUCCCAGGAACUUCAAAUGAUUUUAAGUAUGGAUUGCUACCUGAAUCCUGGCCAAAGGAAAACUGGGAAAAUGGUGAUUCUUCUUUAAUCAUGAACAAAUUGAAGUGUCCACACUGUAACUAUGUAGCCAAAUAUAGAAGAACACUAAAGAGACAUUUGCUCAUUCAUACAGGAGUGAGGUCUUUCAGCUGUGAUAUUUGUGGAAAACUGUUUACUCGUAGAGAACAUGUAAAAAGACAUUCCUUGGUUCACAAAAAGGAUAAGAAGUACAAAUGUAUGGUGUGUAAGAAAAUUUUCAUGCUAGCAGCCAGUGUUGGAAUAAGACAUGGAUCUCGGCGUUAUGGUGUUUGUGUUGACUGUGCAGAUAAAUCUCAGCCAGGAGCGCAAGAGGGAGUAGACCAGGUACAGGACACCGAUUUUCCUAGAGAUGAAGAGUUUGAAGAAAAUGAAGUAGGGGAAGCUGAUGAAGAGCUGCCUGAUGAUAUAGAAGAACAGAAUGACCAGACUCGGUGGGAUGAAUCUGGGGAAGUCUGUGUGCCUUUAGAAGACUGAGGAGAUUUGAUCUUAUAGAUGCUUUAUUUUGACAUCAUACAGACUGACCAUGUUGAAUUUUUGGACUGAAGGCUUGGAAAAAAUAUGGUACAGGCUGGAUGAAAGUUAUGUUGCUGUGAAAAUUAUAGGGUCAAAGCCUUAUAGCAAAAAAAGGAUUAUUAAUUUUUUUAAAGAUAUUUGCACAGGACUGUACAGCAUACAGUCAUUUGGUUGAAUUAUAUAGAGUCCUCACAUCUACAGUCAAUUAUCAAAGUAAAAUGUAUUUUUAUUAUUUAUAGGAUAUUGCUGUUUGGGUCCUAAUCAGGCAUAGUACUAACUAUGCCUUUGUUAAUCAUUCAUGUGUCCCUUAACAUGAAUGAAAUAAAUUGCAAUUUUUGGAGAUGGCUCCCUUGAUUCCAAUCAUAGUUUGUGAACAAAUGUGGCUAGUCUGGGAUAGUGGCUCAUGUUUCCUAAAAGGAGGCUUUACCUCACCUCUCUUGCCGUUGCCCUUCCCCUCAAUAGUUUAAACAUCAACUUCUUGAUGACAUGAAUUUAUGUCACUUAAUUUUGUCAGGAUAUGAUAGCUGACAAGUCCUGGAAACUUAAUCACUGAUAUUUAAUUUCCUGACUCACUAGGUUUCAGUACUUUGAGUUUGCAAAAUGCUACAGCUCUUUCACCAAAUGUUAAUAAUGACUUAAAACUGCAAGGAAGAUUGUGAUUGGAAUGAAAGAAAUGUUCUCCUUGUCACUUAAAGAACUUUAUGUUAGACACUUUUUGGCAUGGCUGCCCAUAUUUUAAUUUAUGUUUUGUUAGCACUAUUCUAUUGGCUAUCAUUUUUAUUCACUACUGUAUACCUCAAUCCAUCACAAAGCUUAGAGUCCUAGAAUCUGAAAAGGAGUGUAAUUGAUAUUUUUGAUUUUAAUAGUCCAGACCAAUAUGUCUGCUUUUGUCUAGUUUUUGUUAUGUGGAAAAUUAGACAUAAGGCUAUCUCUUUUUUGUGCCCCAUUGCUCUUCAUUAAAGUAAACACAAAAUGAA